AGAUAGGCUCAGCCAGACGUGUAUUUACCCAUAUCCGGGUUAGAGAGGAAAAGAAAAAAGUUUCAUUUAAACCUGAACAACAACAACAAAAACUUUCAACAUGAAAUCACACAGCAGGAACAGACAAAGACCGUAAGGCAUUCUUACGAUUUCUAAUCUCCAUCAAGGACUUGGGGAGGGGAGUUUUGGUCAUUUUUAUUAAUUUUUUAUAAUUUUGCGUGUGUACGCAUGGAAUGAUCAGCAGGGCUUUUUGAUUAUUCACCCACAUCCAGUGUAUCAGCACUGUGUAGCUGUUUUUCUGUGGGAGGGUUGCCUUUUGCUCUCCCCCCAUCUAUUUUUCUAGACUAGGGAAAGUUAAUUGAUUUCUCCCCGCUCUUGCAAUGUUGCAAUGAUCAUGGCCGCGCAAGUCGCAGCGGCUCUGGCGGGUGCGAGCAAGAACAAGGGCAAAGCCCCAAGUUUGCCGGGCAACUUAAGCCAGGAUCUCAACUCUGGGGGUCCCGUGGCUGGGACAAUAGGAGCUGCCGGACCGGGAGCUGGAGAUGGGACUAACAGCAGCGGCAGCAGUUUGAAUAAUGUUGAGCACCAUCUCCACCACCAUAAUGAGCUGAACAUGGCCAAUAAUACAACUUCUGCCGCCGCCAGUAACAACAACAACAACGCUAGCGGCGGCGGCGGCUCUUCCUCGGAACCGGUUCUGAAAGACGUUGGAAGCUCCGUGAGCUUGUCUUCCUCCUCUCCUAUCCCAGCUAUGGAGACAGGGCUGCUCCCCAACCUCAAGUUGAAGAGCGUUGGAGGCGAUCACCCUGCCGCUGCGCCUCCCCACCACCACCAUGCCCAGCACCAGCACCAGCACCCAGCUCACCUCCAUGCCCAGCACCCCCAUGUUCACCACCACCAUCACCACCACGCACUUCAGCAACAACAGCUAAAUCAGUUCCAGCAACAGCCGCUGCCUCAGCACCAUCCGAUGCAGAAUAACAACAACGGCGGCAGCAACAAGAACGGCGGUGGCGGCGCUGCUCAGCCCAGCAGCGCAGACAUGGAGCAGCAGCAACAUGGAGGAAAAGACGGCGGCUUGGGGGGACAGGCCGAGCCUCAGAGCCAGCCGCAGCCCCUGCUGAAUAAAGGCGGGGACGAGGAAGAGGCAACGCCGCCGCCGCCGCCACCGGCGGACAAAAUGGGCGAGCAGCACCUCAGCAGCCGCUACGACCACUCUGGCUUGGGACCUUUGGGCGGGCAGCAGCCGCCGCCGCCGCCGCCGCCGCCGCCACCACCUCAGGGAGCGGGCAGCGGCAGCGGCUCUGGAGGAGGAGGAGGUGGAGGUGGCGGUGGCGGCCCCUCAGCGGUGGGUGUCUCGGAGUUUAAUAGCUAUUACGGCAACGCUGGCAGCGGCGGCGGAGGCGCCUCCUCAGCGAGCCGGGCCGGGCCUUGCUUUGAUCAACAUGGCGGACAACAAAGCCCCGGGAUGGGGCUAAUGCACCCCGCGGCGGCCCCCAACAGCAUGGACCCCCUGCCCAACUCGCACGAAGGCUACGCCAACAGCCAGUACAACCACUACCCGAGCGCUUACGGCCGGCCUGGCAGCGGCAGCGGCGCGGGAGGAGGAGCGGGAGUCGUGGCGGCGGCGGCUGCAGCAGCGGGAGGAGGCGGUGGUGGCGGCGGCUAUGGGGGCUCGUCCUCUGCCUUCGGAGUUCUGAGCUCCCCCCGGCAGCAUCAUCAGCACCAGCAGGGCAUGAUGCUGGGCCCUGGCGGAGGGGCCAGCCUGGGCAAGGCUUCCGGGGCUGCGGGCUUCCAGAGGUUUUCCGGGCAGAACCAGCACCCGUCUGGGGCCACCCCAACCUUGAACCAGCUGCUCACGUCCCCCAGCCCCAUGAUGCGGAGCUAUGGCACCGGCUACCCUGAUUAUACCAACCCCAGUGCUGCCCCGUCGCAGCAGCAGACUCAGGGAGGAGCAGCAGCCGCCCCAGGAAGCCAACAGGCAGCAGCAGGCAUGGGCAUGGGCAAGGACAUGGGUUCGCAGUAUGGAGCUGCAAAUCCAGCCUGGGUAGCAGCGGCAGCAGCAGCAGCACAACAAAGAAAUCAUCCGGCUAUGAGCCCUGGAAACACUGGACAGACCAUCAGCAGGAGCCAGGGCAACCCAAUGGAUCCAAUGGUAAUGAAAAGACCUCAGUUGUAUGCAGUGGGCAACAGCCCUCACACCCAGACACAACCAAGCAGUCCAUAUCCAGGACAGUCAUAUGGACCUCCAGGACCACAGCGCUAUCCAAUGAGCAUGCAGACCCGGCCACCAGGUUCCAUGGGAGGAAUGCAGUAUCCACAGCAACAGAUACCACCUCAAUAUGGUCAACAAGGUGUAAGUGGUUACUGCCAGCCGGGCCAACAGCCAUAUUACAACCAGCAACCACAACCUCAGCAUCUGCCUCCACAGGCCCAGUAUCUGUCACAGACCCAACAAAGGUACCAGACGCAGCAGGAUAUGUCUCAGGAAGGCUAUGGAACCAGAUCCCAACCACCUCUCACCCAAAGCAAGCCUAACCAUGAAGAACUGAACAUAAUACAACAAGAAAGACCAUCAAGCUUACCAGUUGAAGUCUUGGCCUCGGAAGAUGCUUCAUUUGGACUCAAGGAUUUAUCUGGUUCCAUUGAUGACCUGCCUACAGGAACUGAAGCAACACUGAGUUCAGCAGUCAGUGCAUCAGGUUCCACAAGCAGCCAAGGAGAGCAGAGCAACCCCGCACAGUCACCUUUCUCCCCUCAUGCCUCCCCUCAUCUCUCCAGCAUCCCUGGGGGCCCAUCCCCUUCCCCUGUGGGCUCUCCUGUCGGAAGCAAUCAGUCAAGAUCUGGUCCCAUUUCUCCUGCAAGUAUUCCAGGUAGUCAGAUGCCAAACCAGGCUCCUGGUAGCCAAUCAGAGUCCAGCUCCCAUCCUGCCUUGAGCCAGUCACCAAUGCCACAGGAUCGAGGUUUUAUGACAGGCAUGCAGAGAAACCCUCAAUUAUCUCAGUAUACACCUCAGCAAACUGGACCUUCCAUGUCACCACAUCCUUCACCUGGGGGCCAAAUGCAUGCUGGAAUUGGUAGCUUUCAACAGAGCAAUUCAAGUGGUACUUAUGGAACUCAGAUAAGCCAGUAUGGACCUCAAGGAAACUACUCCAGGCAGCCAACGUACUCUGGAGUGACCAACACGAGUUACAGUGGCCCAGGACCUGGUAUGGGUAUAAAUGCCAACAACCAGAUGCAUGGACAGGGGCCUGGCCAGCCUUGUGGCACCAUGCCCCUAGGAAGAAUACCAUCAGCUGGGAUACAGAGCAGACCGUUUCCUGGAAAUCUGAGCAGUAUGACCCCCAGUUCUCCAGGCAUAUCUCAGCAGGGAGGCCCAGGGAUGGGACCACCCAUGCCAACUGUGAACCGUAAGGCACAGGAAGCAGCUGCAGCAGUGAUGCAGGCUGCUGCAAACUCCGCUCAGAGCAGGCCACCAUACAUUAGGUCGCCUGCUUAUCCCAGCCAGUCUGGGGCUGGCGGACGUUCCAUGUUUUCUUCACAGCACCCCAACUAUGGCAACACUCAGGCUCCCAUGAUGCACCAGCCUGACCAGUACGGGCAAGGCAGCUUCCCUGUUAUGAAUCAAAGCAGCAUCAUGGGAUCCAGCUCUCCCUACAGCCAGCCAAUGAACAACAACUCCAGCCUGAUGAACCCUCAAGCUCCUCCUUACAGCGUGGCACCUAACAUGGUGAACAGUUCCACAGCACCUAUGGGUCUUGCAGAUAUGAUGACUCCAGGAGAGUCCAAACUACCCAUAUCUCUCAAACCAGAUGGGAAAGAAGAGGGGCCUCCUCAGCCUGAGAACAAAAAGGAUAGCUACAGCUCUCAGGGUAUUUCUCAGCCCCCAACCCCAGGCAACCUACCAGUCCCUUCCCCAAUGUCCCCAAGUUCUGCUAGCAUCUCCUCAUUUCAUGGAGAUGAAAGUGAUAGCAUUGGCAGCCCAGGCUGGCCAAAGACUCCAUCAAGCCCUAAGUCAAGUUCCUCCAGUACAACAGGAGAAAAGAUCACAAAAAUGUAUGAGCUGGGAAAUGAACUAGAGCGUAAAAUAUGGGUGGAUCGCUACCUCAACUUCAUGGAAGAAAGGGGUACCCCUGUAGCCAGUCUGCCUGCUGUAGGCAAGAAGCCACUAGAUCUUUUUAGGCUUUAUGCCUGUGUUAAAGAGAUUGGAGGUUUAGCUCAGGUUAAUAAAAAUAAGAAGUGGCGUGAGCUGGCAACCAACCUAAAUGUUGGCACUUCAAGCAGCGCAGCAAGUUCCUUGAAAAAACAAUACAUCCAGUACCUGUUUGCUUUUGAAUGCAAGAUUGAGCGAGGGGAGGAGCCACCUCCUGAAAUCUUCAGCACUGGAGAUACCAAGAAACAACCUAAGAUUCAGCCGCCAUCUCCUGCCAAUUCAGGUUCCCUUCAAGGUCCACAGACCCCUCAAUCAACUGGUAGCAAUUCCAUGACAGAAGUGCCAAGUGAUCUCAAGCCUCCAACACCAGCAUCUACACCUCAUGGACAGAUGACACCUAUACAGGGGAGCAGGAAUAGUUCCAUUAGUGUACACGAUCCUUUUUCAGAUGUAAGUGAUUCAGCAUACCCAAAGCGAAACUCCAUGACCCCAAAUGCACCCUAUCAGCAGGCAAUGAAUAUGCCAGAUAUGAUGGGAAGAAUGCCCUAUGAACCGAAUAAGGACCCUUUUAGUGGGAUGAGAAAAGUGCCUGGAAAUAGUGAACCCUUCAUGACCCCUGGACAAAUGCCCAACAGUGGAAUGCAGGACAUGUAUAAUCAGACUCCCUCUGGAGCAAUGUCCAACAUGGGCAUUGGUCAGCGCCAGCAGUUCCCCUAUGGAAGUAGUUAUGACCGAAGGCAUGAAACUUAUGGACAGCAGUAUCCAGGGCAAGCACCUCCUUCAGGACAGCCACCGUAUGGAGGACACCAAGCUGGAUUGUAUCAACAACAGCAGAACUACAAACGUCAUAUGGAUGGCAUGUAUGGGCCUCCCACAAAACGCCAUGAAGGAGACAUGUUUAACAUGCAGUAUAGCAACCAACAGCAAGAUAUGUUUAACCAGUAUAGCAGUGCUUACUCUGGACCAGACAGGAGGCCCCUACAGGGACAAUAUCCAUAUCCUUAUAACAGAGAGAGGAUGCAGGGUCCAGGACAAAUGCAACAACAUGGAAUACCUCCUCAGAUGAUUGGUGGUCCUAUGCAGUCAUCUGCCUCCAGUGAAGGACCCCAGCAGAACAUGUGGCCCACAAGAAAUGAUAUGCCUUACCCAUAUCAGAAUAGGCAAGGCCCUGGUGGCCCUGCACAGGCCCCACCUUAUCCAGGGAUGAACCGCACUGAAGAUAUGAUGGUACCUGACCAGAGGAUAAACCACGAAAGCCAGUGGCCUUCUCACAUCAACCAGCGCCAGCCUUCUUAUAUGUCAUCCUCCACAUCCAUGCAGCCUAUCACUCGACCUCAGUCAUCCUACCAGGCACCAUCAUCGAUGUCAAACCACAUAUCUCGGGCUCCAAGUCCUGCAUCUUUCCCCCGCUCUUUGGAAAACCGUAUGUCUCCAAGUAAAUCCCCUUUCCUGCCCUCCAUGAAGAUGCCGAAGGUUAUGCCCACUGCUCCAGUUUCACAGGUCACAGGUCCUCCAACUCAGCCGCCACCAAUCAGACGAGAAAUAACUUUCCCUCCAGGCUCAGUAGAAGCAUCCCAACCAGUCUUGAAACCAAGACGAAAGAUUACCUCAAAAGACAUUGUAACUCCUGAGGCUUGGAGAGUGAUGAUGUCUCUUAAAUCGGGACUUCUUGCUGAAAGUACUUGGGCUUUAGACACUAUUAAUAUCCUUCUGUAUGAUGACAGCACUGUGGCUACUUUCAACCUUUCUCAGUUAUCUGGCUUUCUGGAACUUCUGGUGGAAUAUUUUAGAAAAUGCCUGAUUGAUAUUUUUGGUAUCCUUAUGGAAUAUGAAGUGGGACAUCCAAGACCAAAAGUGCUAGAUCAUAAUUCAGCUCAGAAAGAGGAUGGCCAAUCCGUGACACAAAAUGAUAGAAAAGAAGAAGAAACCAUUGAUGAAUGUAUUGAUUAUUUUGAUGAAUUUGAUGAGGAGGAGGAGGAGGAAGGUGAAAAUGAGAAAACUGAAGGAGAAGAAAAAAGCACUGUUCUUGCUUCCCCAAAUGCUGAUCCAAGUGAGAGGCCAAAACAAGCCAGUAAAUUUGACAAGCUGCCUAUAAAAAUUGUGAAGAAAAACAAUCUCUUUGUUAUUGACCGAUCUGACAGACUUGGGCAUGUUCAGGAAUUCAACAGUGGGCUUCUCCACUGGCAGCUGGGAGGGGGUGAUACAACAGAGCACAUCCAGACCCAUUUUGAGAGUAAGAUAGAGAUCCUUCCUCGCAGGAGACCACCUCCUCCAAGCUAUUUAACUAAAAAGAAGAAUGGAGAGGGAAAAGGAGAAUCAGAAGAACAACAAGACAAAAGCAUAUCAGCCACCAUUGAUGAUGUCUUGUCAGCUCGUCCAGGAGCAUUGUCUGAACACUCAGACUCUGCUACACAGACAGAUAGCAGUAAAUUUCCAUUUGGAAUCCAUCAGGCCAAAAGUCAUCGGAAUAUCAAGCUGCUAGAGGAUGAGCCAAGGAGUCGAGAUGAGACUCCUCUAUGCACCAUAACUCAUUGGCAGGACUCUUUGGCUAAGCGAUGCAUCUGUAUAUCAAAUAUCGUCCGCAGUUUAUCCUUUGUGCCUGGCAAUGAUGCUGAAAUGUCAAAACAUCCAGGCUUGGUGCUGAUCUUGGGAAAGUUGAUCCUUCUCCAUCAUGAACACCCAGAAAGAAAGCGUGCACCACAGACAUAUGAAAAAGAGGAAGAGGCGGACAAAGGGGUGGCCUGCAGCAAAGAUGAGUGGUGGUGGGAUUGCCUUGAAGUCUUGAGGGACAAUACAUUGGUCACAUUAGCCAACAUUUCUGGGCAGCUAGACUUAUCUGCUUACACAGAAAGCAUCUGUUUGCCAAUUUUGGAUGGCUUACUGCACUGGAUGGUGUGCCCAUCUGCAGAGGCACAGGAUCCUUUUCCAACUGUGGGGCCCAAUUCAGUCCUAUCGCCUCAAAGACUUGUACUGGAAACCCUGUGUAAACUCAGUAUCCAAGACAAUAAUGUGGACCUUAUCUUGGCCACUCCCCCAUUCAGUCGUCAGGAGAAACUCUACGCUACUUUAGUUAGGUACGUUGGGGACCGCAAAAAUCCAGUCUGCCGAGAAAUGUCCAUGGCACUCUUAUCGAACCUUGCCCAGGGGGACACAUUAGCUGCAAGGGCAAUAGCCGUGCAGAAGGGAAGCAUUGGAAACUUAAUAAGCUUCCUUGAGGAUGGGGUCACUAUGGCCCAGUACCAGCAGAGCCAACAUAACCUCAUGCACAUGCAGCCCCCACCUCUGGAGCCACCUAGUGUAGACAUGAUGUGCAGGGCAGCCAAGGCUUUGCUGGCCAUGGCUCGGGUGGAGGAGAACCGCUCAGAGUUCCUUUUACAUGAGGGUCGUUUGUUGGAUAUCUCAAUAUCUGCUGUUCUGAACUCUCUGGUUGCAUCUGUCAUCUGUGAUGUACUUUUUCAGAUUGGACAGUUAUGACAUAAGUGAGACGCCAAGCAUGUGUGAGUGGAGAUUAGAGAGUCACAUAUAACUGGCUGUUUUCCGUACUUGUUUAACCAGUGUAGGAAGAAGGAGGGGAAAAGAAUAUUUGCUCCUCUGCCCGGUUCACUAUUUACCAAUUGGGAAGUAAAAGAAAUUAUUAAUUUGAACAGUUACAGAAUUAAUAUUUGCUGUCUAUGUGUAUAAGUACAUCUUUUAUUUUAUUUUUUUAACCAAAGUUGCUGUCUAGUACAUUCAAAGGUCACACUUUUUUCCAUAGAUACCAUUUUCAAUGUUUUCUUUACAUGUUUGUAUCACAUAUUGGGGGAGGGGACAAACUAGAGAAAUUGGGGAGGUAAAAUAUUGCAAAACACAAUUUGAUGGGGGGAAAAUAGGCUCACCACUCUGAAGCGCAAAAGUGGAAAAAAUAUACCAAGUUACUAUGUGUUUUACUUUUCAAAUGAAAGAAAACCCAGCCACCCUUUUCACCGUUGCCCAAAGCGCUCUGUGCAAUAGAAGAAUGUUAGUGAUGUAGGUGUAGCGGAUCAAGGAAAGGGGUUGGUCCAUAGACUGCAUAGGAAAUUAUCUUGGGUUUCUCCACAGGAGAAUGGUUACGUUAGGGUAGGAGCAAAACAAAUUCUUUAGGAAGGUUACAACACAAACCUGAAGAUGAUCAACAUAAAUUGCUUCCUCAUCAGAACUGUCACUUCAGUAUCUAUUGUUAGAACUUCCACAAUGACAGUUCUUCACAAUUCCUUUUAAUCAUUUUUUAAUAUUUUUUAUUGCCUAAGGGCCGUGAUGUAUAUAGAAGUUGUACAUUAAGCAUACCCUCAUCUCUUUUUUUUAUAAAUACAAGGAUUUAAUUCUUUUUUCAUGAUGUGGUAACUACAAAGUGAUGGUAGAAUUAAUUUUAUUAUUAUUAUUAUAUUAUUAUUAUUAUAUUAUUGUUUGGGCCAUAUCUCCAAAAACAAUAACACAAAAAAACCACCACCAUGAGGGUAAUGUACAAGUUUCUGUAUGUAUAAAGUCAUGCUCUAUUUCGGGAGAGCAAUUGCUCACAACUUGCUUUAUAAAUCAAGAUGUGGAAAUGGUUACAAAUGGAUUGAUUUAAGAAAAUGGUUACCUGUCUACAGACAAAAAAAUGCAUAUGCAGGAAAAAAAAGGAAGAAACACAACUUCAAAGAUUUUUCAGUGAGAAGAAUCUGUAUUUGUAUUUCAAAAUAAUGUAGUUUAAAAAAAGAAAAAAAACUUGAUGUAAAUUCCUCCUUUUCCUCUGGCUUAAUGAAUAUCAUUUAUUCAGUAUAAAAUCUUUAUAUGUUCCACAUGUUAAGAAUAAAUGUACAUUAAAUCUUGUUAAGCACUGUGA